AAUUAGUGGGGGGCCCUUAAUACAUCUAGGCCAAGGGGCCCGAAAGUUCAUAAUCCGUCCAUGCAUAUUAUAAUGGUUGGAUGUUGGUAGUUCACACAGGGCAUUCCACUUGUGAACCUCUGGUGGGCCUGUGGAAAAGAGCGGGAAAAGAUAACACCCUUCCUCCAAAUUGGAAAAACUGGGAGAUGUUCAUGCAGCUGACUGAGAUGAUACCCAUGGACGAGAUUGGGGAACUGGGAAUCUUGGGAAGCAGUAAUGGGAUAUUAAUGACUUUGCAAUAAGAAAGAGUUGGAUAUACAGAUGUGUGCAGAUAUAGAUGUGUGUCUAGUGUAGUGCACUGUUUUGGGAGGAGGUCUUGUGUUGACUCUUGUGUUGACUCUUUGUGCAAAAUAUAAUGGGGAUGCGCAAAAGGAAAUAUAAGAGUGUAAAACAUAAGACUUUUUCACUUUCCUUUUAGACCUGCCAGUGCUCGGCACUCAUCAUGCAUCCUCAGUCCUACCAAGAAACUCAACAAUAUCAAAACCACUACGACUGUUCUAUGAACCGCAACUACUAUGGGCUGUCUGUUGAAAACCCACAGCUAAAUGGAAGCCAAAUCCCAAGUUCCAAUUUAAACCAGCAUGCCAAUUUCGGAUCCAGUCAGCAUCACCAUUCUUUGCAGCAUGAAACAUGCUCCCCACAUAGUAGUUACCAUGGAAAUGGAUGUCAUGGGACAUCUUUACCCAAUCAGAAUCAUCUGUGUCCACUUGAACAUUCAGCCUCAGCCCCAACUUCGGGUCCUUGCAACAGUUUCUCUGGAUGUAGCAUGCCACUGGGCGGUUCUCAGAAUUCCCAAAUAGUACAGUCACACCAGGGAGCUGUGGUACAACCGACACACAUACCCUCUUCAAGAACAUCACAGGACUGGCAUCCAAGGAACAGCCCACUAACCUACUUGAGACACAGUACACCCCAACUUCAACCAGAAUCAACACAUGGCUGGCAUUUACAGAACCACUCACAAAGUAAUGGGAACGGCACAGUCAUGCUAAACAGAGGAUUACAAAUGUUAAGUGGCCAACUUCAGGCCCCUGUUAAAAAUCUUAAUGUCAACAGAUCAUCUCUCCCAGCCCAGCCCCAGACAUUACAGUUAGAACACCCUAGCUGUCAAGGUGUACUUCAAUAUCUACUUCUAUUUCCGGCUACCAAUAUCUGUUGCUUAAAAUACCAGCUCUAUGCAAUUUGGCAUGCCUUAUGUGAAAGGCAGAAUAUGCAGCAGUUUUGCAAACAAGGUCAUGUUCAAAUGCCUGUUGUCAAUAAAUGCUGCCGAUCAUGCCUAUACCAGGUUGUGCGGAUCAUCUCUCAUAAAAUGAAGACAAUAAUGACAAUGACCCACCACAGCAAGCAUCAGCAAUAUAUUCAAAUGAAUGGUGUGUUGAGUACCAAAGGCCAUGCAUUAAAGCCGCUUGCAGAUGGUGGCAAAUUGAAGACAUGUGAAGACGUUCCACUGAAAUGUGGUGAUGACCUCCCAUUGCUAAUAAAAGACAUUCAGCCCCUUGCUGUUGAAGAAGUAACAGAAGAGGCAAUAACGGCAUUAGACACUGACUGUUCAGCUAUGAGGAAGUUGUCAACAAAUGUAAAAUCAUCAGAAGAUGGCAGUUGUCUUAAAGAUUAUUUCACAGGUGGUCAAGGCACAACACACCAAGAGUUUGUACUCUACCCAAGUACGGAGUCCGCAAUCUGUUCAAGCACAUUGUCUGCAGUCUGCCCAAACUUAGACUCUGUGAUCAACCUGUCCCCUGAGAACAAAGAUACUCCCAAGAACCAAAACAAUGAAGAAUUAAACCAACCUGAUGAUCUCUUUGAUGUGCCUAUAGUGACUUUCAGACUGGAAAUGUUGCAAAAAUUGGUGGCAAGCCUGGACCCAAAAGGAGAAGAAACAAAAAAAGAUGAACGCAGCAUGAACAAGAAUGAACUAGAUUUUGCACCUAGUAUACUUGAUCUGUAUUGGGAUGGCAGCUAUCACAACUACAUUGAGGCAGAACAAGGAGGUACAUUUGCAAAUAUAUUGAAGGAAGCUGCAGAGUUUGACACAGAGGAAGACAAGAAGAUAUUUGAUUCCAUAAAGGUCGAGGAUUUAAAUCAGCUUCAGCAAAAGGGCCACAUUCUUACAAAUUGUUUUGAUUUUGAUUCUGCUACCAAAGUAGAUAUGUCAUCAUGGAGAAACAUGAGUGAUAACUCAUUGGAUAUUGACAAAGAAUUGGCAGAUGGGUCAUUUCCAGAAAAUUGCCAUGAAAAGUCACUUGAGAGAAGCUUGCUCAAUAACCUCCAGAACUUGGGCAAACAUUUAGGCCAGGACCUUAUCAGUUCUAAACCAGAAGAUCACCCGUCAUCAACUAUUAUCAUUGAUGACCAGUCAUAUGAGUCUGAUCAAGACUGCUCUAAGACUUCAGAUGACCCCAUGCUGCCAACUAAGAUAAUACUGCUGCCACCAAAUGAGUUAAAGCCUCUUCCAAAACAAACAUACAAAGACUCUGAUAGUGCGUGUGGUGUUGCAGCACCUUCAACCUGCGUUGAUGUUAAUUAUUCUGAGAUGAAGUUGGUACCAGACGAUUCUGUGAACUCACAGGAUCAAAAUGAGGUUUUUCCUGAAGGUGGUUGCAGAUUGUCAGAAAAUCUCUCUGAAGAGGUAGAAACACCAAACAAGGACUUUCCCAAUAGCCCAGAUGAUUCCAUACUGUCCAUAAAAUUGCCAUCUGUGAAUGAAAUAAAGAAGGUGGAUUUAGACAAUUUGUAUCGGGACCUUGUGAGUUCUCCGCAGAAAGACCCCCCCUUACCUAUUAUUCUUGAUGAGCAUUCAGCCCGUCUUAAGAGUCCAGCUGAUCCCGCACUGUCAAUGAAGAUAACGGUGCUGUCAAUGGAUGAGGUAAAGGCAUUGUCAGAGGAAUUCUGCAAAGACUCUGAUGACGGUGUACAUGACUGUUGCUCUGUCUUCUCCCAUCUGUCUUCUCCCAUUUGUCUUGACAGUGAAGAUGAUGAUUCUGAGGUGAACUUGGGCCCAACUUGUCAGAUGACCAGAGAUCUGAGUCAAACAUCAAAUCAAGAACUGAUUGCCAUACUUGAUGGAGAAGAAGAAAUACUGUCCUUUACCUCCAUAAAAGAUGUGUUAAAACAAGCCAAGACAAGCAGUAAAAAAAGAAAACAAGAUGACCACUUAACAAAGACAACUGGAAAAGAGCCAACUAAUCCCCUUAUAGAUAGAAGGAAGGGAAAUGAAGUUCAGAAGCCCCAGCAACACCUGCAAAAGGAAUACAAUCAUCCAAAACUAAGCCGUUGGUCAUCCAUUCAUCAAAAGGUUUCCAGGAAGGACUCUGCUCAUACAGCUCACCAGCCAGCAAAGCCACAUGGACUGGAAACUGUUGCUAAUUCAUCCCCCUGUGGGAUUAAAGCCAGCCAUCCCAUCUCUUCAUCAGCACCCAUUAGGAAAAGAAAGUUCAGUGAAAUGAAGGAAUCAAGUUCACUGGACACAGUAAAGGGUUGGGAGCCUGGAAGGCUAGGUGCAAAUUAUGGACUUCAAAGCAGCAGCCCCACCAGCAUUCUCCAAUCAUUGCCCCUCAAAAAAAGAAUGCGAUCACUUGGUGAAUUUGGGAAUUCAGUCAAGUUGACAGAUAUCAUGGUUCCCUCAAACCACUCACCCGUUAAAGGGACUAAGACAUUUAGUAAUUCCCAAGACACUGGUGUAGACACAGAGCUAACAGACAGCAAAAUUCAUACAGAUGAAGCUGUAGGCCUACCUACUACUUCAGAAGAUAUUGUUUUGAAUUUGGCAGGGACUUCAAAUGUUUCAGAAUUACAAAAGUCUUCACGUGGGUGCAAGAAAAGGAAACCUGUAACUUUGAGGCUGUUUGGAGCCCACCUUGAAGACUUAAAUAGAACAACUCAGCAUUAUACAGAUUGUGACCGUAAUAUACCAAUUCAACUUUCCAUUAUGCAUUCCUUGGAAAAGAACUCUAUAAAGGACAAGGUCAGAAAAAGUUGGGAGGACUGUUUUGUGCCCACUCCUGGGAAAUCCAAAAGACUAUCAGGUCCAGAAGGUGUGUACAGAAAAAAGAAUGUGCAUGUAGGACCAGUAGAGCAUCAGAAAUCACAAGGAGCACCUGGAAAGGACAAGGAGGAGCAGCAAUCAUUUGCCAAGGAACACCAGUCAGAACACAGGAAACAUGCCAAACACAUAUCUGCCAGUCUAGGCAGUUGAGGUGGAGGUGAUGCAAGGGUCCAAGAAGAUAUUGCAGAUAAGAUGACCUAAAAUGACUAUGUUGUGUUCAUCAUUGUUGUGUACAGCACUCCAUUGAUUUCUAAAGUAAAGUGUCUGGUACAACACUGUUGCAAAGUGGAUUUGAACCCAAGCCAACCAAUUGUCCAGGCAUUGUUAAUUUACUCUUUAAUUUUGUGUUUAAUUUUCCAUUUUACUGAAAUAAGUAACAAACAAAUAGAGCAUAUGGACAUACAAAAAAUGUAUUUGAAUCUUAGUAUGAUGAUGUAUUACUCCUCUGUUAUAGCAAAUGUGGAUAUUAUGAAACAGUUUUGGUCAGUGAUUAUGAUACAGCUAUACAUUAAUAUACACUAACCAAAACCUUGUUGCUGUUGUGCUUCUCGGCAACCAUGCUGCUAUAUUUUGCUGUGUAACCACAUUCCCAGAUAGCAAGAGGUUGGCGGACCACUAUUGGCCCACUGGGGGCAGAUCUAUUGGUCCACUGGCGUUUUGCUCAUUGGUUUUCUGGCAGUCCGCUGGCGGGUUGCCUACCUAUGCCCCAGUAUUUUGCCAGUAUUGGUCUAAAAUCUUUUUCAUGUAUUCAGUUAUAAUGAAUCCAUCAUUUUAACAACAUUUCAUGUAAUGUCUUAAUAUUCAUAAAAAGUUACAUUUAAAGAGAUGGUCGCCCCCUCAUUGGUCCAGCGUGGGAAGUCACACUAGUUUUGCGGUGAUUUUCCACAUAAAUAUUUUGUACAUAACUCUACAUUUGAUAUUGUUUUCAAGCUAAUUCUUGCAUUCCAAUGAUAAUGCUAUAUUUCAUGCAUGCAUUUACUGUAUGCUAAAAUGCUGAAGUUUUGUGCAAAAAUGUAAGCUAGCUGUCACACACAACCCGAUAUUCAUGUGACAUUUCCAGUAGGCAUAUUUGUAUGUAUAUUGUUGUCAGCAACAAAUAUGAAAGAUGACAUAGGGAGGGAAAGUAAUCUCAUUGCCACCUACUGGUUGCGUUCCUAGAGUUGAGCGGAGUGGAUGGGAUUUGUUUUUGGAAAAAAUAUAUCUUGGUCAACAUUGGGAACUUAGUUUAACUUAGUUAAAUACACAUCUACAAUUGUGAAAACCAAUUUACAAGUUACAAAUAUG